CGACGGGCCUGUAUAUAUAUAUAAACGCAGCCGUGUUUCUUAAGCAAACACUAGGUAAUAGAUAUAAUUAACCAUGCAACGUCUCGUCAUAGUCUGCAUUCUGCUCCGUCUGGAACCGGCUGGGCACGUCGCUGCCCAGCAUUUACUACUGCCAGCCGGAGAAUUCAAGUUCCUUCGCAACAACCUACCGUUCUUCGUCCCGGCGCCGUCGCAGUCGGCCACGCCCUCUUCCCCCGUUGUUUCCCCCGAGCAGGUUCAGCCGGCCAACUCGCGAUCCGCAACAGCCGACCUCUUCUCCGCCGAAACCGCGGAACUGGCCUUCGUCCGCAGGUGCGCCGGUCACGUGUCGAAGGCCGGUCUGCUGUGUCCCUGCGCCGCACCCGGGCACAGCUGUGCGCCGGCAUAUUCCGUCUGCAGCGAUAGUAAACAGUGCGUCUGCGACCCGGCCUUAUCCUAUGUCAACGCUACAAAAACCGGCUGCACGCCGUAUCCCACGACGACAGCAGCGACCACAACGGCCUCCGCAGCAGUAACUUGCCCGACUUGCCAAUGCCCGACAUUAACGUGUCCGGCAGUAACGUGUCCGGCAGUAACGUGCCCGACGACUCCUCAAACAACAUGUGCCACUUGUCCAGUCUGUUCAACUCCAACCACCACCACAACUACCACUACACCGACCACAGCAUGAACAACAACAACAACAACAACGACAACUACAGCUUCCUCAGCGCCGGCCGUAUGUGACCCAGCCAUUCCCAGUACACCACCGGUGAAUAUUCCGUUAACUACUGGGUGUGGCGGUAGCGUUAUCGUUCCAGCAACGGGUUCGGUUGUAUUUAAUUCCCCUGUGGGAGGACCUGGGGAGAGUGGUGCAACUGGUGAUUACCCCAACAACGCUGUCUGCUUGUGGCUUUUUAUAGCCCCGCCUGGGAAACAGUUGGAGUUCACGGAAGAUCCUUUGGUUCCGUUCAAUAUAAGCGACUUUUGUUCAUAUGACGCACUGGUAAUCGGUGGUCAGAGAUACUGCCAAGGUAACGCAUUCUCGGCGCAAACCGUGAACAGUCCUGCCGUAAGUGCCUUAUCCGCCAACAUUCGCGUGGUAGCAGUUGUUAUACAUUUCGGUCUGUACAGGUCGUCGCUUUUGUGUCGGAUGGCAGUGACACAGCGAGCGGCUGGAAAAUCAACGUGCGAGCCGUCUAGUUGGACCGUUCUGACUAGCUUUACGCUUAAUCUGUUAGGGAAUACGCAGAGUAUACAGUAACUGUCGAGCCUUAAAUAACGGCAAACGUGCUGCGGCAACGAAGAUUAUGCCACGGGAAAAGUCUUGUAGAUUCACUGUGCGCCGGUAUUUAUAGAUUAUAGUGUAUGUCCCUGUUUGCCUGUAGUUC